AUGAUCCAAACUGAUCGCCUCUACUCCGCGGACGACCUAUACAUGCUUAGACAGGGUGAGGACGAGCCCCUUCGGGAGUAUGCAACCAGGUUCAGCCACGAGUACUCCCGCUGCCCAGAUACUGAUGAUCGUGGCGCCUUCAGUGCUUUCAAAAGUGGCCUCCGAGAGUCCAACUUCCGGUACCUGGUGCACAGCAACCCUUGGAACACAUAUGCCGAGUUGAUGAAGCAGGCAGCAGUUCAUGCUAAGGCUGAGUACUUCAACUCCAAGCGCAGCCCGGCCACCCCGGCGCGUAAUCCUUUUGCUGAUCCUCCACCUGCUUCAGUACCCAUCCCAGUUCCACCUCAACAUUCUGCCCCUACACCAAGCACCCCAAGAGGAAGGAUAGCUACCAGCAUACCUUCAGCAAUAACAAGCGGGGCAGACAUGGGAACCACCACCAGUCUAGUGGAAGCAACCCCCCCAGGACAAAUGACCGGGCCCCACGCCCAUUCUCACCCAAACCCAGGUUCGAGGUCCUCACCACCCUCAACACUACCUAUGAGAAUGUCCUAG